CUCUAGACGAGGUUAAAAUGGAGUGACGCUCCGUGCGUGGAUUUACCACUCAAAAUGACUGAUAUCAUUUUGAGUGACGCUAGGACGCUGUAUUAUUACUGGGAACGAAGUUCAAAAGUGUUUUUCGCAUUCACUAUUGUGAAAAUUUAUUUACAAUAAGGAAAAAUAUCGCGUCACGACUUUUGAAUUUAGUCUUCAAGUCAAGCUUUAAAGCGUUUUGCCGUCCAAAAGUAGAUAGACACGUGUAGCUGAUACAAUUGUAAAUUUAUAGCAAAAAAAUGGAAUAGUGUAAUCAUGUUCAAACAUUCAAUGAAACUCAUAGAGCGGUGUAGUGUUGAAACAACUGCGCAAUAAUAAUAUAGACAAUAUAUGUUCUGAACCAAUCUAUAUCAAGACUGACUGAAAAGAUUGUCUACAAUCAGUUCACAAGCGUGUUUCAAACGAAUAACAACGUGUGAUAUCACAGUCAAGUUCAAUAAAGACAAUAAAUCAAACACAGAAUGUUUUUGAUUGCGCUCUUGUUAGGCGCUUUGACGCUGUUCUACAUUUGGUUGAAGUGGAACUAUUCCUACUGGAAACGAAACAAUGUGCCCGGUCCAGAGCCAAGAUUUUUUGUUGGAAAUCUUGGAAGCGCAUUGAACUUCUCUGAACAUCUUGGAGUCGUAACUGCGAAUUGGUAUAAUAAUUUUCCGAAUGAACCGUACAUUGGGUACUUUAAAAUGUUGCAACCGGCCGUUUUAUUACGCGACCCAGACCUCAUCAAAGAUGUUGUAACAACGAACUUCAACAGUUUCCGCAAUAAUGACGUUAGGAUAAGCAAACGAUUUGAUCCAUUUUCAGCUACGAAUCCCUUCUUCAACGAAGAUGAUGAAUGGAGAGAAGGACGCAAAACGAUUUCGCCAAUGUUUUCUCAAAGCAAACUGAAAGUUGUUUUGCCAGUGAUGAACGAAGUGGGUGCAGAUUUGGUCAAAUUUAUUAAAUCACAUUCAGUGGACACUGACUUCAAUGCAAAAGAUCUUUCGACACGAUUUACUACAGAGAAUGUGAUAAAAUCAACGUUCAGUAUCGAACCGAAAUGUUUCGAAAACGGGGAACAGAAUGAAUUCUUGACAGCUGGAAAGCAAUUAUUCGAGCCAUCCUUUUUGGUCGGUUUAAAAGUCCUGGCCAUUUUAUUUUUGCCAAAAUGGGCAUUUGAACUGAUUCCGGUGUCUUUCGUCCCACCUGCAAUGGAUAAAUGGUUCAGAAGUUUAGUUCGUACAAACAAAAAUUCUCGCUCAACAGAUUUUCAGAGCAACGACCUAUUCCAAACAUUGCUUCAAAUUCAAGAAAAGCAUAAACUCGACGAAAUAUUUUUGGCAGGUCAUUCGUUUUCUCUAUUUUUCGAUGGAACGGAAACAUCAGCAACGUCUCUCUCAUACGCUUUGUACGAACUGGGCCGAAAUCCACAGUGCCAAGAGAAGCUUCACGAAGAAAUUGUGAGAAUAACAGCCAAAUACGAUGGCAAAAUCACUUACGAAGGGCUUCAAGAGAUGAUUUAUCUAGAAGGAGUGAUACUUGAAGCGUCACGGAUUCAUCCGCCCGCUAUGGUUUUAGGAAAAGUGUGUAAUCAACAUUAUACACUUCCAAAAACAUCGAAACAAACGAAAUCAGUCACCAUCGCACCAGGAACUGUUGUCGGUAUUUCCAUCCUUGGUUUACAUAUGGAUCCGAAAUACUAUCAAAACCCACAGGUGUUUAUACCGGAACGCUUCAAUGAGGAAGAGCAACGAAAUCGACACAAAGGCACAUUUUUGACGUUCGGAGAAGGUCCACGCAUUUGCCUUGGAAUGCGAUUCGCCAUGCUCCAACUCAAAAUCGCUUUGGCCUACAUCACUUUGAAUUUCCAUAUCAAAGUAUCACCAAGACACAAGCCAAUCGUUAUUGACCCACAAACGAUUAUGUCACAUCCAAAAGACGGGAUCUUACUUCAAUUCGAUUCGCGUUAACAAUUUGCACAUUCAUUUUGUAUCAUGUCUGAACCAAAAAAAUUAUAACUGACCAAUGAUAUCAAUUGUAUGAAUAGAUGUUGAUUAAUGGAACUUACUUUGAUUCAUUUGGCGCCUUUUCGUUCUGAAGUGAAAUCGAAUAAAUUGAUAUGAUGUUUUUUAAAUGCGAUCUCAUGCAAUUUGAAUCGUAAUCAGAAUGAAUAAAUAUAAAUGACCUUGAAAACUGUA